CACAUAAGGCUGCCAGGCUCUGAGGGGCGCUGGGGUUACAGAGGGAAGAGGGCGAAGGGAGGAGAUGGAGGGGAGCCUUGGGGCUGUGCGACCCUCAGUGAAGUGACCAGCGGAGAAGCGAGCUGCUGAUUGAGCAGACGGCUGUCACCACGCAGCUUCCUGUCAAGCCAGUCAGGACCGGGGGAACCCCGAGCGCACUUGCCCAGUCAGACCAGCCCGGCUGAGGAAGCUGAGCCUGGGAAGUCUGGGUGGCAGGACACUGGGGCUCCCUCAGCUGCCCCCCAAAGCUGCAGGUGGCGGGGGCAUGAAGGGGGAGCCCGCUCCAGAGCUGGGUUGUUGCCACAAGACCAAGCCCCUGGGAAGCACAGGGGAUUCUCUGUCCCCCCACCUGGACUCCCAGCUCUGCCAAGAUGGCCAGGUCUUCCCAGCCUUCAAGCCACAUCCAGACACAGUGGAUCCUCAUGGCCAGUCCUGGGCCAGCUGGCUGUGCCCAUGGCAGCUGGCACCAGCCAAAUCUGCCCUGCUGGCCUGCCCCCAGGGCCUGGACCUAUACCUGUGUGCCCUGCAGUCGACAACCCCAGCAACAGCCGCGCGGGGUCUCAGAGAGGAUGCUUUGAGCACACGGCACCUGCCACCAAGGCCGCCUGCCAGCUCCUCCAAUGGCGAGAAACUCCCAGCCAAGUGUCCUCCGAGCAGGGACAAGAUGGGAAGCCAGACAGAAAGAGCUGGCAAGGGGUCCCCCUGCCCAUCCUUCUCUCCUCCCAACAGUUCUUCCCUAAAUUCUUGGCAAAAUAAGAAGAGCCCCUUGGCUUUCUGCUCCUGCCCCACACCCCCACCCAACUCCAAAGAACUCUCCUCCCACUUCCGCCCAUUCUACCCUGCCUACCCAUUUUUCCUGCCCCCUCCUUACCUGGUCACGUGUGGGGGCCUACCUUCAGUGCAGUGUCCCCCCCUCUUCAAGCUGCCCCAAGACACCCCUUAUGCCACCAUGGCUGUGCCCAGCUUGCUGAUUAACGUCAAUGAGCCUGAGCACCCCAGCACCUGGGGGGAGACCCUGCGCCCCUACCCAGGGGCCUGUCAAGACUCCGGCCAAACCCAACCCUCCCAGAGUCGGAAUCCGGGCCCUGCCGCUGCCAGGACCUACUCCAUGGGACCGGAGCGGGCUGGCAGGGUGGCUGCAGGAAAGCGGGCCCCGCUGGGCCCCCAGGCUGGCUCCGCAGCACUGCCUUACCCGCUGAAGAAAGAGAACGGCAGAAUCCUGUACGAGUGCAACGUGUGCAGUAAGAGCUUCGGGCAGCUCUCCAACCUCAAGGUCCAUCUGCGUGUGCACAGCGGGGAACGCCCAUUCCAGUGCGCCCUGUGCCAGAAGAGCUUCACCCAGCUUGCCCACCUGCAGAAGCACCACCUGGUGCAUACUGGGGAGCGGCCCCACGAGUGCCCGAUGUGUCACAAGCGCUUCAGCAGCUCCAGCAACCUCAAGACCCACCUGCGCCUGCACUCGGGGGCGCGGCCUUUCCAGUGCAGUGUCUGCCCAAGUCGCUUCACCCAGCUCGUUCAUCUGAAACUGCACCUUCGUCUGCAUGCCCCACGGCCCUGCGGUCUGGCUCACACCCACCUGCCCCUGGCAUCUCUCACCUACCUUGCCCGCUGGCACCAGGGGGCCCUAGAUCUUCUGGCAGUGCCAUCAGAGAGGCAGAUGGACUGGGACGUGGACAAGGUCAAGGUGUCCUCAGCAUCCCGGGGCAAGUAAGGGCCUAAGCCAGGGUGCCAGGUCUGCCCUGGGGAGGGGGCAGGGGCAGAGCAAUGAAAGGAUUUUCUCUACGAUGAAUUGAGGCCUCCUGAGCUUCAAUAGUGCAGGGGGAGGUCAGAGUGUAUUUGUCAGACUUCACGUCCCACUCCACCUGGCAGGUCAUGGGAUACAGCCAGGAAGAGACUGUGCUGCCCACCGUGUGUGUGUGUGUGUGUGUGUGUGUGUGUGUGUGUGUUGGGGGGUGCCUGCAGCCAUCUACCUCUGGCUGGGUUUGAGUUCCACUCUCUGGGACCUAUCUGGGGCCAGGCCCUCCAUCUCAGCUCGCCGAUGGACAGUUCAGCCUUCCAGGUCUCUGCAGGGUGCAGACUGUGGUGCUGUGGUGCUGAGCACAGGGCACUCUUUUCUGAACCAGAACCUGCCCAGAUGUCUGCUGCUUCCCACAACCUCCUUGUCUCUCAGUUCCUAGAGGCCACUGUGCCCCCUCAGCUGGUACUCCCUGCCAUGGUCAGAUGGGACACAUUCAUCUCCCUCUGUACAUGCCAGGAUCUGAGCCUCCUGUGGGAGAGGCAGGAAUACAGGGAUGUCAGGGUCCACUCAUGACCCAGAAGCAAGAUGUCCCCCUGUGUGUCAAGGACUAGUCAUCCCAGAGGACAAAGAGCUAAGGGGGUACCAAGCUUGGAGAAGGGGUAGAGGCCCUACAAGGACCACAGGUAGGGAAGAACUGGCAGAGAGAACCUGGGAACUAGGGCCCUCCUGAUGGUCUUUCUCCUUGGAGUCCCAGAGGACCCCCUCAAGUGUGUGAAGUGUGCCCUCCCCCCGAAAGAGUGGUAGCAUUAGAUGGGAAAGGGUACUGCCCUUUGGGGGUAUAGGAAGCCCAGGUUAUAAUCACAACAGUAGCUAUUAUUAAGUAAUAAUUUGUUGUUGUUCAAUCACUAAGUCAAGUCUGACUUUUUGCAACCCCGUGGACUGCAGUACACCAAGCUUCCCUGUCCUUCACUAUCUCCUGGAGUUUGCUCAAAUUCAUGUCCAUUAA